CGUCAGCUUGAGGAGCUCCUUCGACUGGGUUUCAUUAAACCCAGUAACUCCCCUUGGGGGCAAAGCGGACGGAACUCUUCGCCUCUGCAUCAACUACCGCGGCCUUAACCAUUACACGGUUAAGAACAGCUAUCCCAUGCCCCGCGCGGAUGAGCUGUUUGAUCGUCUGGCAGACAACCGCUUCUUCACGAAGAUCGAUCUUCGUAGCGGUUACCACCAGAUCCGCGUUGCCACAAAGGAUCAGCCGAAGACCGCCUUUCGGUCGCGCUUCGGCCACUACGAGUUCACGGUGAUGCCAUUCAGCCUCACCAAUGCCCCCGCCACCUUCCAGACGGCGAUGAACGACAUCUUCAGGGACAUCCUUGAAGAAUACGUUCUCGUAUACCUGGAUGACAUCUUGGUCUACAGUCGUACCUUAGAAGACCAUCUCAGACACCUCCGCGAUGUCCUACAGCGCUUACGCAAGCAAGGCUUUUAUGCCAAGCUCAGUAAGUGCCGCUUUGCCCAGCGCAAAGUGGACUUCCUAGGACACCAUGUGUCUGACCAGGGUCUCCACAUGGACGACGCGAAGAUCACUGCUAUUGCAAAGUGGUCCGUCCCCACAUCUGCCAAGCAGCUUUGCAGCUUUCUAGGCCUCACCAGCUACUAUAGUAAUUUUAUCCAGGGAUACGCUAGGUAUUCCUACGUCCUUACYUCYACCCUCCUCCGGAAGAACCCGCCGUGGUUUUGGACACCCCUSUGCGAGGACGCCUUYCGCGCCCUCAAGAAGGCGGUGACCUGUGCCUCGGUUCUUCGCCUUCUCGAUUUUGAUCGUCCUUUUAUCGUCACCACCGAUGCGUCAGAUUUUGCAGUAGGAGUUGUCCUUUCUCAUGUGUUUCCCUCUCCUCCAGAUUCACCUUACCCCCAUGUUCCUCCUUUCCCCCCCCCUCCUGCUGACACUGCUUCUCGACUGACGCCUACCCUCCUACCACUUCCCACGACUGACAGUCCUCCUGAUACUUACUCCCUGACCAUCGCGGAGGAUGGGACUGUCGAGGCUCGUGCUGGGGAUUGCCCGAUCGCUUUCUACUCCCGUCAGCUACUGCCUGCCGAUAUAAACUACACUGCCGAUGAACGUGAGGUUCUCGCAGUAGUUUAUCCUACCCGGCAUUGGCGUCAUUAUCUGCACGGGGCACCCUUCACGGUGCGCACGGACAACUCAGUUGUUCAGACUUUCCUCACGAAGCCUAAGCUUUCCCCUCGACAGGCACGCUGGUGGCGUGACUUAUCCGAGUUCAGUUUCACCACUCAACCCAUCAAGGGUGAAACGAACUCCGUCGCCGAUUCCUUGUCCCGCAGUCCUGAUCAAAAUCAGGAACCCAUCCAUCUUGCUGCCAUCUCCAUCAACACUGUUGAUCAGUCGGUGAUCGACCCGUAUCGCACUCAGUACCGCCGCUGCCCCGAUUAUCGCGUCAUCCACGCGACACUGCGGAGUGGCAAGACCGUUCCUUCCUACUCCCUCGGGGAGAACGGCCUCAUGUACUGGCAUGGCAGAUCUGGUCAGCUAGAACCACGUAUCAGCGUUCCCUCCACCGGACAGCUCCGCGUCCAGGCUGUAGCAGAGUUCCAUGACCAGGCAGCUGCCGGUCAUAUGGACACUCGUUGCCCUGCGCUUGACGACUGGAUCGCCCACAUGGCGGCGAUUAUGAAGCGCGCACACGAGAGUUUAGCCGACUCCCAGACUCGCAUGGCCACACGAGCAAACCGAUCACGAAUGGAUCAUUCAUUCAAAGUCGGUGAUGAUGUGCUCGUCGACGCACGCCACUUACAGCUCGAAGCAGAUACGCUUCGCAAGUUCAGGCGUCGUUUCUUCGGUCCAUGCCGCAUCCUUCCGGCCGUCGGUUCUGAUACUGCCGCUAGUCCGGUCAGCUUCCGUGUGAAGCUACCUGAUUACCUUCGACAGGCUCGCGUACACGAUGUUUACCAUGUCUCCUUGCUGCGUCCUUAUCGCAGACCGUCCGAGCACUUCGCCGGAUGCCCUUAUGAGCGCCCUCCACCUAUCAUGGUGGACGGUCACGAGGAGUUCGUUGUUUCCGACAUCGUAUCACGCCGAGUUACCGACGAUACCCCUCCACGCAUCGAGUACCUUGUGCGUUGGAAGGGCUACCCUGAUGAGGAGGCUACUUGGGAGCCCCUCGAGCACUUGCAGCACGCCAGGAUGUUGGUGCAUGCAUACGAUCGUGCUCGUCGUGCUGAGAUGUCUGCCCCUGCUCAGCCGACUGACCCUCUUCCUCCUCCUCCGGUUGAGGAGAUUGCUGAGGACGAGCCCGCUCCCUCUGAGGCCGUUCCUCAGCCGCAGACGGUCGCCUCCGAGCGUCCACAGCGCACUCAUCGUCGCCCUUCGCGUUACGAUGACUGACACUUUUAUCCUCUAUCUUUCCCCUACUGACUCACACCAUCAGGUACUCCAUCAUCAGCUUCUUCAGGAUGUCAGCGUUUUGCGGCUCUGCUUCGACAUCGA